GCAAGGGCAGCAAGCAAGAAUUAGAAUUUAGAAACAUAUCUCCAUUCUCCAGGAUGAGUUUUCUCCCUGGAACAGCUAGCUUGAUCAAAGAAAUUAAUAAAGAACUAGUUGUUGUUCUACGGGAUGGAAGAACUCUUAUUGGACGCCUAAAGAGCAUUGAUCAAUAUGCUAAUCUUCUGCUUGAAGAUGCUAUUGAGAGGAUUCAUGUAGGUAAAAAAUAUGGAGACAUUCAUAGAGGAGUAUUUUUGAUACGUGGUGAAAAUGUUGUUCUUCUUGGGGAAUUUGACCGUGCUGCUGAUGAAAAAUCGAAUUUGGUGAAAGUGAGUGUGGAUGAAAUCUUGGACGCACAGAGAUCAGAACAAAUAGCUAAAGACCAACAUGAAAAGGCCAUAGUGAAGGCAAGAUUACAACUCGGUAUGCAUGUAAACCUACCUGACUCUUAUGUUGGUUCGAAAGAUGAUUUUGGCGCUUGACUGAUCUCCGAUAAAAUGGAAGAAUUGUUGUGUGCUUCAGAAAUAUGUGAAAAUAUUCACAAUAUGUACCUAUUAAAUUGAAGUGAACAGUGAGCUAGUCAAUCUGCGCAUGUUAGUUGACGUUUUGAUCGUUUCUAAAAACGUUUCCUCUCGGUUGGAAACCGUUUGAGAAGAUCUAACACAAAAUGCUCGUGAUGUCUCGGACUGUUGUUUGUGGUGGGUGAACAGUUCUUGCGUCUCCUAUGGCAUAAACACAACGCUGCUGUAUGCUUGUAUAGUUUAAAUAGAAACGACUUCUGUAUAUCCGUUAUGUUACAACUAUUUAAAUCAAGGGAAAAAGUAAUAAAAGAGGAUGACGUAC